AAUUUAAUUAAUUAAUAUUUGCAAACACAAAUAGGUAACAUCUAUUGAAUAUUUCUAUUUAUAGAAAUAUUAUUUAAUUUAAGCAUAGUUUCUUAUUGUACGUUUGCUUCUUUUGUUGCUGCGCCUGCAAAUGUGUGCGGCACCACGGUGCAGUGCGGGUCGGUUAACAUGACAACAAACGGUUAUCUGCGUGGCGUACUUCAAAACGAUUUCGCUGCCACAACGCGCUACAAGUUCGCAACACUAGCAACAUGUCCACGCCUGUCGGACCGGAGCCCAGCAAUGUCAUUUGCCCCAACUGCCAUCAACAGGUGACAACGCGCACCGUGGCCAAGGCCACGACCAAAACCCACUUGCUGGCCCUCAUACUGUGCGUGCUCUGCUGCUGGCCGUGCGCCUGCUGCUUGUACUGCACGGAUUGUGCGCGCAGCAUGGAUCACUUCUGUCCGUCGUGCAACAAUUUUGUCGGCAGCUACGAGCGUUGAGACGACUUCAGAGACAAAUAUAUAAAUGUAGCCAGACACACACACACACACUCACACAGGUGCACAGGUGCACAGCUGCAUUGCCUUAAUGCAAGCGAAAUGCUUUUCCUUUAUUCGCCUUAUUUCCUAGCUAAAAAAGUAACUGUUUAUACAGUCAAGCCACGCUUUAUUGAACAUUUAUGAAUAUAUUAACUGUUUACUAUUUACUAUACCAAAUAUACCUCUUAGCUUAAAUGUUA